CCAGCUUUCCGCCAUCCCUCUCCGGCGGGGUCUCCAAGAGGUGCCCAGCAUCCUGCUCUAUUGUCCCUGAGGCGGUGAGGCCCCUAACACCAGCUCACUUUUUCCUUUGAGAUCGGGAGCACAUUACUCAUUCUUCCUCUUUCCCCUCCUUGCUGACUCCUAGCCUCUGGGGACAGCCCCGGAGGGAGGCACGGGGUCCCCGACCUACUCCUGUGCCUUGUAGGCUCAGCCUUGGUGGGAUGUCGCCCUCUGGUCGCCUGUGCCUCCUCACCAUCAUUGGCCUGAUUCUCCCCACCAGAGGACAGAUAUCGAAGGAGGCCACAUUUUUUUCUCCAGCAGACAGAAACAGAUCAAACGCUCGUGCUCUGACACCAGCCCCAGGAACAACACGAGAGCAGGAGGUGGAGAUCCAGACCCCGAAAGUGGAGGAGACCCAAUCCCAGCAACCGAUGGGAGUGCACCCGCCCCUAACCACAGAUCCGAGGACAGGCAAGACCGGCCCAGAAGCCACACCCUCGGCUGAACCCAGUAAAGGAACAACGCUCUCCAAGAGGCAGUCUCCAGGCAAAGGCGGCAGGCCAGACCCUAUCCUCGGGCCGACUGGUUCCAGUGAGGACAACCCCUUCUCCUAUGAUGAAUACACUCUCCGGAAGCGGGGGCUGCUGGUCGCAGCUGUGCUAUUCAUCACGGGCAUUGUCAUCCUCACGAGUGGCAAGUGUAGGCGGUUACCCCAAUUAUGCCGGAAUCGUAACAGGUGAGACCAUUGGAAGUAGGGGCCGGCAACUGAAUUGAUGGGCACCCCAAGAUUGAGUCCCCACCGGCUCACCGUGCCCAGCCACCUCCCUUCCCUCGCGAAGCCUACAGAAUAGUCAACAAAGCCCAGCCUGAGAGGGAAGACCCGGAUGGAGCCAGAGCCGGGGCUGAUGGCCCAAGGCCCCUCCCCUCCCCACCCUGCCCACCCAGAGGGCUGCCUGGCUCCCUGGGCACUGCUCCCCAAGUUACCUGUUGUGUUCAGAUGAAAAGUAAAGCACUGUGGUCCUUGCC